AUAACGAAAAUUUUCUGUGACGAAAACAGAGAAGAAAACGUUGCUUUGAACCACCGCCCAGGGGCUGUAUAUAAAGGAAAGCCGAGCGUUACGAAACGGAUUAACUAGGACGAAGUUCUUUCUCCGUGUGGCUUGCUUAUAAAAUAACGAAACAUCGCAGUUCAAGUGUAUCCGUCCCUUGCACUUGCAGUGAGCGCUAGCUUAAUCUACGACUACUAACAACACACCACAGCCGAGGCAUAGAAGCUGUGAGCUAGCCUUGCCUUGAAUCUACCUGUAGAUCUAUUAUCUAGAUUUAUACAGUUCAAGUACAAGGUUGCAGAAAAAGCAGAAGUGCCAAAAUGUGGUAUCCGAUAUUGAGUGUGGUCAACUUGGUCUUCUCCAUCGGCAAAUAUGCGAUUAAUGGACUGAGUGCCUCUGGACCAGAUGGAACAAUCUUCAAGAACAAGACGGGAGACCUCUCUGACGCCUACUACGUGGAGAUAACUCCGGCCGGCUGGACUUUCAGCAUCUGGGGGUUCAUCUACACCUGGGAGGCUCUAUGGAUUGUCUACUCGCUAGUCAACAUCUGUCGGAGGGGUCCCAACGGACCUGCGUACACGGAGCCCAUGUUCAUCCCAACAUCUCUCUUUGUCCUGUAUUGUAUCGGAUCCUGCUUGAACAUGGCGUGGCUUCUCACCUUUGACCGGCAAGAAAUUGAGGCAUCGUUUGCCGUUCUGGUCGCUUAUUCUUUCCUGUUCUACGGCAUGCUUGCACUGACUUACGUCGCUUUAGACAAAGCCUCCCCACGUCUGGCGGACCAGAAGCGAACCUCGGAGAUCUGGCUGACCAGGGGUCUUCUCCACAAUGCUCUGGCCAUGCAGGCAACGUGGGUCUCUGUGGCCACGCUUCUCAACGCCGCCAUGGUGAUGACCUACAGAGCCGACCCUUCCAUCAGCGUGACCAACGCCGCUACCGUCAGCCUGUCCAUCUUGUCUGCGGAGAUCUUGGUCUUCGCAGCCACUGACCUUUUGCUCCUUGACCGCUACUCCCGCUACACAAUAACCCCGUACAUCGUCCUGGUGGUGGCUCUGACCGGAAGCAUCGACAGGAACUACAAGGAAGGGGCGCGUAACUCCACCUUCUCCGUGGUGCUGUUGGCUGUGGCCGGAACCCUGCUGCUGACCAAGCUUGUGCUGACCAUCUACAGGCAUGUCAAAGGUCGUCGCUACAGGACCAACUACGACUCGACCAUAGGGGGAAGCAAGUCCGGUGUGUUGGCAUGAGCUCUUGGUGGCUAUGAGACUUUGUAAAGUACUAUCACUCUGAGCUCAUGAAUACUUUUACUCUGAGUUCAUGAAUACUUUCGCUCUUGAGUUCACAAGUAAUAUCACUCUUAAGUUCAUGAUAGUCGCCAGAAUUGGUUAAAAUACUAUCACUCUGAGCUCGUGAAUGCUCUCACUUAGAGCUCAUGAAUACUGUAUUACUGUAGUUGCCAAAAAUGUUAUAAAUCUGAGAUCAUAGUGAACAGUAAAAAAGCAAGAUUUUGCAACAUUUUCUAUCAUUCUGACAUCACUGUUAAAAAUGAAAGUCGCAAAAUACUAUCAUUCUGAUGUCACAAGUACUAUCAUGAUAGUUGCCAGAAUUGGAUAAAAUACUGUCACUCUGAGCUCAAGAAUACUGUAUCACUAGUAGCCAAACUUGGUUAAAUGUUAUAGAUCUCAGAUCAUAGUUCCAAGAAAAAGCAAGAUUUUGCAACAUUUCCUACCAUUCUGACAUCAUGAAAGUCACAAAACAUUAUCAUUCUGAUGUUCAUAAUAGUUCUGUGGCAUCUUGGUGAGAGUUAAGAAUGGUGAGCUCGUCAUUGUUCAUGGUAGUUGCAAAACUUUGUAAAAAUACUAUCAUUCCAAGUUCAUAGUUCGUGAUAGUAGCAAAACUUAGUACAGAGGACUGAGCUAAAUGUGUAUUAUAAUUCUACGACAUUUCCAUAUGAGGCACAACACUGGUUACUCGAUUUCUAUUUUCUUGCCUCUAUGUUCUGUCUCUUCGACUUGAAUUAUAAUAUCUGAGACAGGGCCCUGUCAUGGCCGCCACUCUUUGCUUUCCGUGAAAACUUCGUAGCGCUGGUGUGCACCCCAGAGGCACAAAGGAAGGACAAAACAGCAGUCACUAUUGUCAAGUGUACUUGUAGCUCUUUCUCCUUACCCUUCGUUUGGUACUGAACAGCUGAGUGGAAUAGUGCCCUCCUUGGUGAACUGGAAUUUCCCAAGGAGUGCACAGUCUUGAAUAUUAUAGUACAGGUCUAUAGUUCUGUUUAUACAUACUCUUGCCUGUUGGAAUGUUGAGUGAGUGUUUAAGGUGUGUGUUGUUGUAUAUAUGUUAAAUGGAGGAAGAGAAAGAUAUAUAUAUAUACAUGUGGGAGGGGAACAGAGAGAGAGAAAGAGAGGCAGAGAGAGAGAGAGAAAGAGAGAGAGAGAUUUUUAUGAAAGAACAAAAAUAUUUUCAGAUAUUGACAUGCAACUGAAACCUAAGAUUUUUGCUAAAUAUAUAUAUUAUAUAUAUGUCGUAAUGAUUGAUCAAAUGGGUGUUCAUAAAUAUGUUUUGUAUGAAAAGGUUGAAGUUUAUCAUAAGAAACUUAAAAACAGCUUAUAAUAAGAAUGAAUGUGUAUAUGUGUUUGAACUCACUUUGUCAUACAUUUAAUUUUUGUUAGAUGUUGUAAAGAUGGUUGUAUACUCUACAGUCCAAGUGAUUGUCCUGGACAGUGUCAUUAUAAUAUAUA